AAGAUUAGCAAUGCAAGUACAGACGACUAAUCUGGGAUCUGUCGUGUUAUAUCCUCGACGCUGCCAGUUUAGUUCGCGAUCAGUUACUUACGGUGCCGGAUGAAAGUGAAAUUCUAGGCUGGUGUAUUCAGUGCCGAGUGACGAUGAGACCCGUUGGGUUAGCUAAAGUUUAGGAUAGUAACCGUAUAGUAGUGACGUAAAGUGUAGUGAUAUCGGUUAUAAUCGAAUAAAUCGGCUUCAACAUUGUUUCAGUGAAUUGGUUUGAUUGAAUAAUGCUGUGAAAACAUAUCGUCUAAUUACACGACGAUGUUGAAAAUAAAAUAACAAUGUAACAGGAAUUACCAGUAUCAUAUUUGGCAUUAUGAUCCGAGCGACCCAAGGACCCACUUUCUACCCGUUCAUACCGUGGACGGUAGUUGCAUUAACUGCUCUGUUUGUGAUUAGAUCGUAUGCAAGUGACGAUCACAUUUGCAUACGAUAUGAAAGCUACACCGACCUGGAAACUGUUCCCCGCAACCAAACCGUGCAGGUACUUACCAGGGAAUGGUGCUUGGAGAUUCCACCCCGCUGCACGUCAUAUCGACCCGAGAUCAAGGAAGUCUACGUAAAACAGAACGUCACCAAAACACGCCGAAUAGAAUACUGCUGUGAGGGAUAUGAAAGUACCAUCACGAAUGCCACUGCUCGAGUCUGCCGACCAAUUUGCCGCGGUGGAUGUGGACGAGGAACCUGUCAGGCACCCAACAGUUGCAACUGUGAGCAUGGUUUCACCGGAAAACACUGCACGCAACGUUGCCGAAAUGGCACUUGGGGCGAGAGCUGUAAAAGUCGCUGCCAUUGCCAGAAUCAUUCGGUGUGCGACGCAAAAACGGGGCACUGCCGUUGUUCGGAUGGUUGGAUUGGGCAUCAUUGUGAAUCUCCCUGUCCGGCAGGACAUUACGGAACAUUGUGCAAGAACCGCUGCAACUGCAACACUUCUAGAUGCAAUCACAUAACCGGCAAUUGUCUUGUCGACGACGGUCAAGUGAUGUUCGAAAACAUUACUCGAGUAGUGGAAAAUAACUGGUCGAAUGAAAGCACCGAGCGGAUAUCCGUAGAACAAUGGAUUAAAGUGAACACAACCGUUGGUUCCGUCACUACAGAAUCGGUCACCGUGCAAGCAGAGAUUCAUGAGCCGUUUUCGAGCAACGCUACUUACGCUCAGUCGUAUCAGGAAUAUCUACCUGCUAAUACCAGUAUCAGUCUAGUUCCGUUGGAUGAUCUAACGACUACGACCGAUGCUACCAAGAAUGACACUAUUUACGAGAUUGUAGCUUCGACUACUAAAGUAGAAAUUACCUUCAUUGACACAUCCCUGAACAGUGUGGAAUCUCCAUCGGAAGGAGGUGGGACCGUCAAUGGAAACAGAACAGAGUUUGUUUACGUAGAAUCUGAUAACCAUUCCGAUUUGGUAGAAUUGAUCAACGGGAAGGAAUCAUCCGGGGAGGAAGUCGAACAGGAGGAAGUGAAUAACAAACAGGCGAUUGCUACCAUUUCCUGUCUAUUGCUGACAUUAGCUCUGCUGCUGUCGGUGGUGGCUUACAUGAAGAACCUCAAUCGCAAGACAAUGAAAAAACAACAACAGCAGCAACAACAAACCGUCAAGUGCACGGACGAUGAAAAGGGACCGGAUAGUCCUAGAAUUCUUGAACCACUCCCGGAUCUUCCGCGGGUGAUUUACACAAAAGUGAAGUCAAAAAAUCAGCGAAACGGAAAUACUCAACUGGAACACUACGAUGUUCCGGCAAACAACACAUCGGUGAAUAAAUCAUCACCGUACAAUUACAACUUUACUAUUAGUAGCAGUAAACUGCCACAGGUGGUCCCUGCACGGAAAUACAGCCUUGAGCAUAUCUACGAUGAGAUUCAGUACCCGCCAUUCGAGGACAUGAACGCAUCCUCGGCGGGAACCGACAGCAAACAUUUUUCCAAGUCUAUACUCACCGACUCCAAAAUGACACCGGUGAAAGUGAUUGAUGAAAUAAAAGGAAACAAGUUGAUCUUUUUGACGGCAGCAGCAGCAUGCUGGAUGACAAUGGUGUUUGGACAGGAAGGAAUCAAAACCUGGCGGAAAGGAGGAGGCCAAGUCGUUCAGAUGAUUAACUUCAACCAAACUAUCGUAGAAGAUCAACCAAGGGAAAACAUGAUGAUGGAGCUGCAGCGUGGCAACGAAUCGCAAAGUGCAUUGGACAAAUUCAUGAACAAAACUAAAAAUCUGAUCCCGACCGGAGUUUGCUUCGAAGAAGUUCCCACCGUAAGUCUGUUGAAACCGAACACCAAAGUUAUACCAGCCGGAAAUGGAUCGGAUCUAUCGCUGAGUCGAGUUCAGGUUUGCUGCAAGGGUUACGAACGUAACGUUCACAACUUCCGCAAGUGUGAUCCGGUGUGCGAUCAACCCUGCUUCAACGGUUUGUGCGUCGGACCGAAUACAUGCUCUUGCUAUCCGGAUUUUGUGAAAAACCACCAAGGAAAGUGUGUUCCAACUUGUCCGAUCGGAUGUGACAAUGGCGACUGUGAUCUGGCUCUCAAACUUUGCGUGUGCAAGAAUGGAUUCGAACUGGAUGAAACGCAUCAGUUUUGUGUUUACAAGUGCACCGGUGGUUGUGGAAAUGGCCGGUGCGUAGGCCCGGAGAAGUGCGAAUGUACGGAUGGUUAUGAACAGAACGAGAAAGGUAAAUGUGUUCCCCGUUGCGAAAAAGGAUGUGGUGCUGGAGAUUGCGUCGCCCCCGGAGUUUGCCAAUGUCGACCGGGAUAUGAGGAAAGUGAAAAUGGAUGUGAGCCCGUUUGCUCCGAUGGAUGCUUCAACGGAGUCUGCACGGCACCGGAAACAUGCACAUGCAAGCCAGGCUACAAACAGGGCAACUUCAGCAAUAACUGUGAACCGUCUUGCGAUGGGCCUUGUUUGAACGGCGUAUGUACGGGACCGAACACAUGCAGUUGCAAUCGGGGCUAUGUUCUGGACGAGAUCAAUCCACUGAAAUGUUUGCCUCAUUGUCCGAAUGGCUGCCCGAACGGAGUCUGCUCCGGACCAAAUAUGUGUCUGUGCAAUUCCGGCUACAUCAAGGAUCGCAGCCUGAAAGGAAGUCAAGCCUGUGUGAAACGAACGAUCAAAAUGUUGUACUUGAAAAUUAUCGCAGUAGGCUUGUGUUCGGCGUUUAUGUUGGAUGCUGUCCAAGCGGCGGAACCGUGUUCCAAUACUACAGUUAAAAUUGAAUAUGUACGCAAGAAUGGCAAGAAUUUCAUGGUGGCACGGAACAAGUGCUGCAAAGGCUACACCCGCCAGAAGAACAAAUGUGUACCGGUUUGUUCCCAGCCGUGCGAGAACUCCAAAUGUACCGCACCUAACUUUUGCACCUGCAAUACAGGUUACCAGCAGUUUUCGAACUUCAGAUGCAUUCCACAUUGCGAAGGUUGCGACAAUGGAUUCUGCAUCAGACCCGGAUACUGUCAGUGCGAUUCCGGCUACUAUCAUGCUAGUAAUGAAAGUUGCAUAGCGGAGUGCAACAACUGCGAAAAUGGAUAUUGCUCCGAACCAAACGUGUGUCGAUGUGAAGAAGGCUAUCGACUUGUUAUCUUGAAUGACUUGCGAAUAUGCGAGCCGGAAUGCGAUGAUGGAUGUCCAAACGGAAAGUGCGUUGCGCCGAAUGAAUGUCUCUGCGACGAAGGGUUUAUCAAAAGCGAAUCUGGCCAGUGCCAGAGGGACACGCCAUCGACAACGACUCCCGAACCUUGCGAACAAGGAUACGAGGAGAUCAAUGGAACAUGCAUUCCGAUUUGUAACGAACCGUGCAUUCAUGGCGAGUGUAUGGCUCCGAACCAGUGCGAAUGCUACGAAGGAUACUCGAAUAUCAACUCUACGAAGAAUCAUAGAUGUCUGCCGAUUUGUGCGAACGGAUGUUUGAACGGCGAUUGUGUCGCUCCCGGCAAGUGCAUCUGUCAUAAAGGCUACGGAAAGAUAGCGGAGGAAUGUAUUCCGCUAUGCGAAAAGUGUUACAGAGGACACUGCGUUCGACCUGAUGAGUGUAUCUGUGACCGAGGUUACGACUUGAUAGACGGCGAUUGUAUCCCGAUUUGCGAGGAAGAGUGUCGAAAUGCUGUAUGUACUGGUCCGAACUCGUGCACAUGUCUUCCGGGUUACAAUUAUACGGACAUUAAUUAUUUGUUCGACUGUUUGCCGGUAUGCGACGAUGACUGCGAAAAUGGCGUUUGUAUAGCACCGAACACAUGCGACUGUAAUCCAGGAUUCGUGAAAUAUGAUGACGCCUGUGUGGAUCCGAUAGUUGUGUGUCGAGCGGUAUGUAUUAACGGUGUCUGCAAUGAGGAUGCAAAGUGCAUCUGCAAUUACGGUUACAUAAUGAACAUGAUUGGUUUAUGUGAAAAGACCUGCCCGAACGGUUGUGUCCAUGGGGAAUGUAUCGGUGGUGAGUGUCUGUGCAAUGAAAACUACCGGCUUACAGAGACGAACUCUUCCGUUUGUGAACCUAUUUGCGAUGAAGGGGAAGAUGAAGAAUAUGAGAAUGGGUGCUUGAAUGGCAGAUGCAUCGAGCCGAACGUUUGUCAGUGCGAUGACGGAUAUGAUUUCAUCGAUGGUAGUAAAACACGAUGUCAAUCGGUUGAAGAACUUCGUCUUGAAAAGGAAAGGCGACUGAAGGAAGAAAUGUGUCAAAGCGCUUGCAGAAAUGGAGUGUGUGCUCAAGGUUACUGUCAGUGUUCGGUAGGUUACAGUAAUCCCAAAGGCCAGGAUCAUCGAUGCGUUCCGGUAUGCGAACCUGAAUGCCGAAACGCCAGUUGUAUUUUACCUAACCAAUGCCAGUGUGAUGUUGGAUACGAAUUUUACAAUCAUAGUAGUACAGAUUGUAUCCACGAAGAAACCAUUAGAAAGCUGAAGACACAGCAAAAACAAGAUCAUUGCGAAGAGAACUGUCAGAAUGGAAACUGUGAAGAGGGAAAGUGUUUCUGCGUAGUGGGAUUCCGUCCGUCAGCUAGUGACGAAUUCAACUGCCAACCGUACUGUGACCGACCGUGUUUGAACGGAGUCUGUGCUGGUAACAAUCGAUGCCGGUGCUUUGAAGGGUAUAGAAACGUCAAGGACGGUACUGCGUGUGAACCAGAGUGCGAACAUGAUUGCUUGAAUGGCCGAUGCGUUGGACCCAAUGAGUGUGAGUGUAAUCCCGGGUAUGUUUUUGAAGAUGGAAGCGUUCAUAAAUGUGAAAAUGAGUCAUCGAAGAAGGAAGCUAUUGCCAGUGAGAAACAACUUGCUUGCAAGGCAAAAUGUGAUAACGGCAUUUGUAUUGAAGGGCGCUGUAAGUGUUUUGAUGGAUACAACAAUACCGAUACAACCAAAUCAACGUGCGUGCCGUGGUGUCCGGUUGGAUGUGAACAUGGUGAAUGUCGUACUCCUGGGGAGUGUGCCUGUUACGAGGGAUAUGAACUUUCAAGUGAACACAGCUGUAAACCGAUUUGUGAACAAGAUUGCAUAAAUGGAUUCUGUGGUAGCCCAGGAAAAUGUCAUUGUUCUCCGGGUUAUACGAAGACAGAUGACGACGGUAUGUGCAUUGCCGACUGUGGUGACGAGGGCUGUUUGAAUGGACACUGUGUAGCACCGUACGUUUGUGAAUGCUUUGCCGGAUAUCAGCAGGACGAAGAGGAUACCACAAUAUGUCAGUUGAUCCCGGAAAUCAUCUACAAGGUUGAUAGUGACUCUCUGAUCUACAACGUGGCCUACAUCAAAUACUGUAUUCCGCUGGUCGUGAUAGUGGUGCUCAUAACGGCCGCCAUCGUCACGAUGAUCGUGCUGCGCAACAAAAGAAAAGACUACCACGUCGGCAAAUUGGAGACGAAGGAAAACUGCGUAUAUUUCAUGCCCCAGCCGAAUUCAGGGAAGGACGAUGACGACAAGUUUAGUGUUUAGAUUACGAAGAAAUUCAGGAUAGUGAGAGGUGGUGGAGUGAGUGGUCAUCAACUUGUAAAUAAUAGACUGUAAGAAACACUGUACUCUUUGUCGUAUCUGAGACGAACUGUGUUUAAUUUAUUUUGUAUAACAAUCAACGAUACCAUUGAAUAAAUAUAAGUAAAAAGGAAA